AUGUAUGGAUUUAAACCAAGAAUGGGCAACACAAGUAAAAAGUUAGCAGCAAAAUGCACUCUGCUCACAAAAGAAGAACAGAAAUAUGUUGCUGCAACAUUCAGAGCAGCAAGUAAAAAUUCAGAGAAGAUUCGUGAGGAGGAUCUCAUCGUGAGUGGAAAAGUAGAUGCAGUCUUGUUAGAAAAAUACUGGGGUCCCCAAAUAGAUCCAAGGUUAGCCCAAUACCUGUCAAACUUCCUCUUUGGAUCUGGUCAGCAGAAGUCGCCAACGUGUGACUUUAAUAGAUUCGCGGAGCUAUACGUAUACAACGUCAGAGGCACCGUCGAAGAACGCUUGGCCGUGAUCUACAACUGUUUGGGCAAGGACUUUAAUGAGGAUGUAGAACUGCCUUACCAGCUCCUCAAAGAGUUCUGCGAAAGUAUAGCGUCCACAUACAUCAAGAUUGUCAAAUCGUCGACAUCCAAGCGAGCGCGCGUCUGGAUAGAAAAGGGGUUUAGGGCUAGCGCAUCGUACGUCCAAGCUUUGGGCGAGGCCGUGGCUGCAACAGUGGGUGGUGAUCUGGACUCGCCUCACCAUCAUUGCAAUGCUCAGCAACUGUCUAAAUGGUUGCAAUCCAACAUUCUACUAAAGCAAUUGGCUGAGCUGGUGUUUGUUAAUUUAUACGGAAUAAACAAGCGUUCCGGAGAUGAAAGCCCGACGCCUCUACCUCCCGCCCCCGCCACUAUGCUACCCGGGUCUGAGGGUUUAGAUGCAAUGCCAGAUUACCCAGCCUUCAUCGACCUCUCUCACAUAGUUUGGAUCAACAGCCACCUUCCACAAAAGUACCAGCACAAAUGGCGUUUCCUAUUCUCCUCUCAUAUUCAUGGAGAAUCUUUCUCCACUAUGGCUGGUCGUAUCCAAGAACAGGGUCCAUCCAUUCUUAUCAUCGAGGACAACAGCGGUUUCAUAUUCGGGGGCUUCGCCACCGCCUCUUGGGCAUGGAGCCCUAAUUGGACGGGGACAGAUGAGGCAUUCUUGUUUACGUGUGCACCGCGCAUGCGCAUAUACCCUGCUACGAGCUACAACGACCACUAUCAAUACAUGAACCAUCAUACUAAAACACUGCCUAAUGGUAUGUUAAUGGGUGGUCAAUUGGAAUUUGGUGGCAUAUGGAUACCGGCAGAGCCAUUUGGUGAAGGUUCUUCAUCGGAGUCAUGUUCCACUUUCCGUGGCUACCGGCGUCUUAGUAAAGAACCUCACUUCCGCUUCCGUUCCAUUGAGGUUUGGGGUGUUGGGGACAAACCAUCGCUUGAUAAAGAUGAGGAUGAACGUGACAUAACGAGGGACUACGAGAAGAGCCGCCUUUAUAAUCCUGAGUUACAUUGGAACAUUUGUGAAACACUACGGGUGAUCUGA